AUGCGUUACGUGUGGCAGCUUUACUUACGUAUAGCAGCUUUACGUAAGUUACGUGUAGCAGCUUUACGUACGUUACGUAUAGCAGCGACGAGCAGCGCACCGCUCGCUGGAUACAACUUCAGUCUGGAGCUAUCGGUCUUCAGCCCUGCAAUAUUAGGGCUCGACGAAGCCUUUUUGAAUAUAUUUUCCGUCGCCACGGUCAAUAUCAUAAGGACAGCCGCAAAGGGUGGUAUAAUGGCUUACGGCACCCGCGCUGCUGUCCUGCUCCUUCCAUCUCAGGAAAAUGCUACUAUCAUCCCCACUACACCACAACACCACACCAAGCCAUACCAUACCAUACCAUACCACAGGACACCAUACCACACGACACCAUACCACACGACACCGCACCGCACGACACCAUACCACAACACCACACCAAGCUAUACCACACCAAGCCACACCACACGAUACCAUACCACAGGACACCAUACUACACGACACCAUACGACACGACACUAUACCAUAAUACCACACCAAGCUACACUAUACCAAGCCAUACCACACGAUACCAUACUACAAGACACCACACUACACGACACCGCACCGCACUACACCGCACAGCACCGCACAUUGUCACAGAACUCUAUCCAGCGCUAUACAGCCCAGCCAGUCCAGUCCGGCCAGCACAGCACAGCACUCUCGGAGACUAUCGAUCGACAUUAUGCCCUCGCCAGCGGUGAGCGAGACUUACGACUUCGAUACCAUAAUGAACGAGUAUACCGUCCAAGCUCCCAAGAUCCAAGCGGUACUACAACGAGCCAAAGAGCAGGAGAUCGAGUUGAAGGAUCUCAAGAAGCAAAAGAGCGAUUUACAAGACGAGUUGGCCCGCUGCUCGUGGACUCAAGCAACCGUGGAGCUUUCCAAUACGCUCUCAUUGUUUACCCCACAUACAUCGGCGAAGUUUGA